AUGUAUAGUAGUGGAAGGCACCCUUGUAUGCCCAGAUCCUUACGACUUGGAGAACCAAUCGAGUGUGAUCCCGAGAUUGAAAGGACCUUGCGUCAUAUUAGGAAGAAGGCACGAGAAACAAAGGAUAAUUUGAAAAGCAAAAACACCAUGGGAGACCAAGAAAACCAAGGCAAUCAAGACCGAUCCUUGAAGGAGUUUGCAUCACCAACCACCCAUAGCUCCCAAUCUAGCAUCUUGAAGCCUAAUGUUGCUGCCAACAAUUUUGAACUCAAGCCUUCACUCCUCUCCAUGGUUCAGCAAAACCAAUUUGGAGGCACUCCAACCGAAGACCCAAACCUCCACAUCUCAAUCUUUCUGGAGUAUUGUGACACCUUGAAGAUGAAUGGAGUGUCGGAUGAUGCAAUCAAGCUAAGGUUGUUUCCCUUCUCACUAAGAGACAAGGCAAGGGCUUGGCUGCAAUCACUUUCACCGGGCUCCAUCACUACAUGGGACCAACUCUCAGAAGCGUUCCUUGCUAAGUACUUCCCUCCGAGCAAAACAGCCCAAUUAAGAAAUCAGAUAACAACCUUCACUCAAAAAGAAGGGGAGUCAUUGUACGAUGCAUGGGAGAGGUACAAGGGUCUUCUAAGGAUGUGUCCACAUCACGGGUUAGAGGAUUGGCUCAUAAUUCACACUUUCUACAACGGUCUUCUCUACAACACAAGGAUGACCGUGGAUGCUGCAGCGGGUGGUGCAUUGAUGAACAAAAGUGUACGAGAUGCAAAACAACUCAUAGAGGAUAUGGCACAGAAUCAUUUCCAGUGGUCAGGUGAGCGCUCUUUACCCAAAAAGAGCGGGAGGUAUGAUGUAGAUGCAUUAGACCACAUUGCUUCUAGAGUAGAUGCUUUAUUUCAAAAAUUUGACAAGAUGAGCAUGAAUUCAGUAGCAUCUAACUCUACUAACUGUGAAAUAUGUGGUAUCAUUGGACAUUCUGCUGUGGAAUGUCAGAUUGGAAACUCCCCUUCCCCUGAUGCACCAUUAUCUGAACAUAAUAAACAGAAUGAAGAAUUUAGAAAUCAGAAUAGGAUCAUGAAUGAUGCUAUUAGGAACCUAGCCUCUAAAGUUGAAUCCUUAGCCACCCACAACAAAAUGCUAGAGAAUCAGGUCACUCAACUAGCCCAGCAAUUUAACUCUUCUUCCAGACCUUCUGGGAUGUUUCCUGGACAACCUGAAACCAACCCCAAGGAAUCUAUCAAUGCCAUUACACUUAGGAGUGGAAAAGAGCUAGAGACACCAAUGAUGAGGAGUGAUCAUAGGGAUGUGAUUGAUGAGAGUGAGAAGUUGGUGACAAGUGAGAAAGAUCAUAUUGGUGAGAAAGGGGAGAAUGUUGAGAGAUAUGUAGCACCUGCACCUUAUAAGCCUCCACUACCCUUCCCUCAAAGGCAAGUUAAAGCUAAGUUGGAAAAACACUUUGGGAAAUUCAUAGAAAUAUUAAAAAAAUUGCAUAUUAACAUCCCAUUUGUUGAAGCCAUUUCCCAAAUGCCAUCCUAUGCCAAAUUCUUAAAGGAGAUUCUAUCAAAUAAGAGGCGAUUAGAGGAAUAUGAAACUGUAGCCUUGACCCAAGAGUGUAGUGACAUCAUACAAAAUAAGCUACCACCUAAGCUUAAAGAUCCUGACUCAUUUUCAAUCCCUUGCACAAUUGGUGAUAUGUCAAUUAAUCAUGCUCUAUGUGAUCUCGGUGCUAGUGUCAGUCUUAUGCCAUUGUCUAUAUGUAACAAGUUACAGAUGGGAGACUUGAAGCCUACUACUAUCUCCCUCCAAUUGGCGGAUCGAUCGGUUAAACGUCCGAUAGGAUUCUCAAAUCCCCAUUAUAUUGGGAAGACUUUUCCUUGCUACCGCUGGAGCGAUAAUUGA